UAUCUUAUUGAACGAUUGUGAUAAAGAACAGAAAGCUAAAGUCAAAGUGCAGUUAGUAGAAUUAAACAAAUAAUCAUGUCUUGAAAUAUUGAAAUCCAACCUUCAAGACAAAGAGACUCUGUGUUUUGUUUAUCUUUCCUCCUACUAUGAACAGGUUAUAGCUGACAGGAUAGUGACAAUGGUAUUGUACGUGUGGGGAGUGGUGAUUGUGUGCUCCCUACUACUCACUCAUCACAAUGGCGCACUAUCAAUGGGCCCCACUGAAAAGAAACACUACAAGGACAAGGUUCUGGAGAUGUUCAAUCAUGCCUACCGUUCAUACAUGGACUUUGCAUAUCCUGCUGAUGAGUUGAUGCCACUGACGUGUAAGGGGCGUGUCCGGGGGGUGGAGCAAGGACGAGGGGACAUUGACUUUACCCUGGGCAGGCUCUCCCUCACCCUCAUAGACACACUGGACACUCUGGCUGUAAUUGGUUCGGUUGAUGAGUUUUCCUCGGCUGUACAAAAAGUCAUGACAGACAUUAGCUUCGACAGUGACUUGGUGGUAUCAGUGUUUGAGACCAACAUACGUGUGCUAGGUGGUUUACUGGGAGGUCACUUUGCUGCCCUGGCUCUCAAAGAGAAGGGCUACCAUCAGUUGGCUUGGUAUGAUGGGGGGCUGCUCAGAAUGGCAGUGGAAGUGGGGAACAGACUACUGCCUGCUUUCAACACCACCACAGGUCUCCCCUAUCCAAAGAUCAACCUUCGCCACGGUAUGGGCUACCCUAACAUGGAGAAGACAACGUGCACGGCAUGUGCUGGGUCCAUGAUCCUUGAGUUUGCUGCCCUCAGUAGACUAACAGGUGAUCCUCAGUUUGAGGUGAAAGCCCACCAAGCAAUGGAGGCAAUCUGGCGUAGUAGACACCGAGGGCACAAUCUGGUUGGCUCAGUCAUCAACGUACACAGUGCUGAGUGGACGAGAGUGGAUAGCAGUGUGGGGGCGGGGAUUGACUCAUACUACGAGUACUGUCUCAAGUCUUACAUCCUGUUUGGGGACAGGAAGUAUCUGCAGAGGUUUGGGAAGCAUUAUGAUGCCAUCAAGAGGUACAUCACGAAUGGGCCCAUGCUAGUGGAGGUGAGCAUGAAUUCACCUCAUCGAAUGACUAGAUCUUUCAUGGACUCACUUCUGGCGUUCUGGCCUGGUCUGCAGGUUCUGUGGGGUGACGUAGACACAGCUAUCCACAUUCACGACAUGCUUUAUCAUGUGAUGGAGAGACACAACUUCCUACCCGAGGCAUUCACUCAUGACUUCAGGGUCCACUGGGGAAACCACCCCCUCAGGCCUGAGUUCAUUGAGAGCACUUACUUCCUCUACAAGGCGACUGGAGAUCCAUACUACCUGGACGUGGGUCGAUCAGUGGUGAACAACUUGAACAAGUACGCCAGAGUGAGGUGUGGCUUCGCUGCCAUCAAGGACCUCAGGACCAACGCUCACGAGGACAGAAUGGACUCCUUCGUACUGGCUGAGACGUUCAAGUAUCUGUUCCUGUUGUUUGCUGACGAGGGGGACAGUCCCCUGAACAUGGAUAACUUUGUGUUCACGACUGAGGCCCACCUCUUCCCCCUCUCCCUCGCCAGCGCUGACACCACCCUCAAUAAAGUCGUCCAAGAGGCAUUACUGGUGAAGAACACAGACCUGGUGAAUAUGAGCACUGUCACUGUCACCACUAGCGGACCAGACUCUUCCGGGAAGGCAGCAAAGAACAAGCCAGUUGCUGACAGCUUCACUAAAGAGUCUGUGGUGAUCAGUGCGUACCUGACGUGCCCUAAUGACCGACGACCGUUUGUCCUGUUGGACCGCUUUGAGAAGAUGGUCUUCAAACUUUGCACCAGCUCAAGGUUCAACAAACGACCAACCAGUGCCAAGCGUAAGCGUCUCACUCCUCCUCGUCUCUCGAUCAAUUCUCUGGACUUCAAGAACCCAGAUCACCUGAAGAUCCUCACUGAGCUGGGCAUUGUGGUUCAAGUGGUGGAGGGAGACAAAGUGCAGGUCUCCCACAAUAUGGCCAAGGCCAAUAGCCCUGAGGACGCAGAGGAGGGAUGGUACCUCAUGCAGGAUAUUGUCAAGCUCAUGAAUCAGCAACACGUCACAGAUGGUAGUCAGAGACAGACACCGAAGCUGGCUCGUAUACUGACCCCUGCUGACCUCCAGGAGAGGGGCAUACGACACGAGUUCACUGCGUCUCCUGUUCACUGACGAGAGUGUCCUCCCUCACGAGGUGGGUAAAGGAGAGGCUGCUGUCAAAUGAUAUAAGAGGACAAAGCAAGGGCAAACUCCACCCACUCAAUCAGAGGUGGAUUAUAACGAGCAGGGGCCCACUCAUGAUGUGUGUAGUUCAUG